GGAGGGGAAAGAAUGAUGUCAUCGCAUGACUGUGUUUUUAUGAAUGAAAAGAAUCCUGUGAGUGAGUAAUUCCAGGAAACUCAUAUUACAACUCAGCAGAUCACAGCGCAGAGCCUAGCUCAGCCAUUCUCCUCGGAAAACAACAACUUCAUUUACAGAAACAAACAAGGUGAUCUGAAAGCAAAAUAAGCAAGAGGAAGGGGCUCUUUGAGGACAUCAAGAGAAGGAGAAGGACAACAGACAAAGCCUGAUUCGGUGGGGUGCUGUGAAGUUCAUUCUUGGGGGACUGCAGCAGAGUGCAAGGGAGAAUGUCUGCUGACAGCUUGUCAAGCAAAGCCCUGAAGAUCAAAUGGGAGAUGGGCGAGAACACUCCGCAUCUCUCGGAUGAAGAGCUCAUGGGGCUGUCGGUGCGGGAGCUGAACCAUCACCUGCGCGGCCUGUCCAAGGAAGAAGUGGCCCGGUUGAAGCAGCGCCGACGCACGCUGAAGAACCGCGGCUACGCGGCCAGCUGCCGGGUCAAGCGGGUGUGCCAGAAGGAAGAGCUGCAGAAGCAGAAGACGGAGUUGGAGCGGGAGGUGGAUAAGCUGGCCCGCGAGAAUGCUGCCAUGCGCCUGGAGCUCGACGCCCUGCGUGGGAAGUAUGAGGCCUUGCAGGGCUUUGCCCGCACAGUAACCGCUCACGGCACUACUGCCAAGGUGGCUACUGCCAGCGUCAUUACUAUCGUCAAGUCUGGCUCCAACCAGGCCACAUACUCCUAGUGUCUACUAGGCGAGUCACGAACUGAGUGCUGUUGCCAUGCCUCUGCCCAGCUCUCACCUAGAAUGGCUGUAGCUGCACUGACCUCUCCCCAACCCUUCUUCCACUCUUCUUCUGCUAUCUUAAGGAGACAAAAUUGACUUGAAGACAAAAUGGCUGGAUGCUGAACUUUCCAUCCCUUUGGGAGAGGACAGGGAGGUUGUACCUGACUCAUGUAAUUUUAGCUGUUGAUGUUAUCCAUGGAUUGGGAUGCAGUGGCCAGUUCCCCCCUCCCCCCCACAACUGCUUUUCUCUUCCAUUUAAUGUUUGUCAGGUUUUCUUUUCCUGCCCUUCUCCUUCCUGCAGUUAAUGAAUAGAAUAGGCUUGCAUUGGCCUCUCUGUGAAAGCUGGGAAUGCAGUGUCAGAGAAUCUUUUGACUGCAAGGGUAGCAAAAGGGAAAUAAUCCUGUGUGAUGGAGCAAAAGGGAUGCUAGAUUGAAGCCUGUGUUUCUUGGCAAAAGCCAGGGCGCAAGAACCAUCUGGGAUAUUGCCAGAAGUGAUCACUUUCCAGAUCUCCUGAUGGUCUGGCUCUGACAAGGUCUUCUGUGUGGCCAUCCUGCAGCUCUUCCUGUGCUCUGCCUUGUUGUAGGCUGGAGCUGUGCACUCAGAAACCCCACAAACCUCUUCAGUUUGGAAACUGAGGGGUUGUUGUUGUUUUUUUAAACAGCUGUCCCAAGGGCAAUCCCAAUCAGAUUUGAGUUUUUGAUAGCAAUAUAAGGAAAGGGGGAACUAGAUGUAGCAAGAGACGAGGGAGGGAAUUUUUGGUAUGUGGUCAUGAAAAUGGUGCAAGGAAGGGGUCAUUGAGGUACAUGUUAAGACAGGGUCAACUGCUGACAGGGCAUCCUAGGAGGAUAUUGCACACCACUGUAAUCAUAAAAAGGACACUUGCUCUCUUCAGGUGUGUGCACACAUCACUUUGAUUCAUAACACUUUUGUCAUAACAGUACUAUUGUGAUGAGGUUAUAGCAAAGACGACUAAGGAGAUUGGGCUGGAAGCACUCUGAGAGGCGUCUAGGGGGUGGAGUUACUGCCAAAGUGCUUACUCAGGAAAGCUUUGAAGGAUGCCAGUUUGUGGUUCUGCACAUGCAUGUAAACCUGUCACUGCAAAUGUGCAGGGACCACGUAGAAGAAGCAGCUUUAGAAAGAGAGUGAGCAAGUUGGUGGGAAAAGUAGAGAAGGCAUGUGAAGAUAGAAGGCUAAGACAAGUGAGAUGGUUGGAGCAGGAAAUGGCAACAGGAUUAUUAACUUAAAAACUUGGGGAAACAUUUGUUCUAGGUUGAACCAUUAAAUUUGCCUUUCUUGCCUUAUUUCGCAGCAUUGAUGCUGGAACACAUUGAGAUGGCUACCACAAGUAGGGAGCAAACAAGAGGCAUGAGCCAUCCACUCAAAUGCUAGGCCAGUGUCCCUUGAUUAUGCUAGAUCAGCUUGUAUAAAAAGUAAUAUUACCAAAAAAGUUAAUGUCCAACACAAAGGAGGAAAUCUUCCAUAUUUCCCUUCCAGUUUUUAAUCUGGUAUAUUUUGGUGGGGGUGGGUGGAGAGAUCCAUACAGGUGCCAGGGAGAUAAAAUCUGAUAUUUCAGCAGAAUCUAGAUGCAGAUAGGGAUGGUCCAACCCCUUGAGAGUACAGCAAGUUCCCGGAGUAGCAGAAUUCCAGGGAUUUUAAAAGGAAGAAUUCGGCACCCACCUCCUGCCAGUCUCUUGAGACAGUCGGGUCUAAAGGGCAGGAGCAAUGUGUGCACUUUCUGAUUAUAGUUGGUUUUUCCUCCCUUCAAGUGAGUGGAGGGGAAACUGUCCAUUCACACUGGGUGGAGCAGGGAAGGGAAGCUGCAACUGGAAAUAUCUUCCAAAAGAAAAUGCAAUUCCUCUCCAUUGUUUUCUGGAUUGCAGCUCCUUCCCUUUGCUCUAUACACCUGAAUGAAGCAGUUGCUGCAAUUGGGAAAGCCCUCAUGGAAGAACUGCAGGUAGAGGCGGAUGAGUUUUUUUUUUUUUUUAAAGGAGGUGGCAUUACUAUUCACUUAGGGCAGCAAACUGGCUUAAGUCAGCCCUUGUUAUGCAAAUAAAAAUUGAAGGGUCCUUGCCUAAACAAAACUCCUGCCCCAAAGGACUACACAGCCAAAACACAACUGGAGAAAUUGAUUCACAAAGGCAGGCAGAGGUUUUUUCAAGGAAGUUGCAGGGAAUCAAGUGACAGAAUUGGUAAGGCAAUCGAGAUCGUUUGCCCCACUGUGUAUUUUUCCUUUUUGUUCAUUUGAAUCUAGCUUCUUCAACAACAACAAAUAUUUAUAUACUGCUUUUCAACUAAAGUUUCCAAAGCAGUUUACAUGGAGAAAUAAUAAUUAAAUAAGAUGGCUUCCUGUCCCCAAAGGGCUCACAAUCUAAACAGAACCAUAAGAUAGACACCAGUAACAGUCACUGAAAGUACUGUGCUGGGGGUGGAUAGGGCCAAUUACUCUCCCCCGCUAAAUGAAGAGGAUCACCACGUUAAAAAGGUGCCUCUUUGCCUAGUUAGCAGGGGAGAAACUUUUUCAAGGAGUUAACUAAAAGGGAAGAGGGCAACUCAUUACACAACUCUGAGAAAAUUUCCCUGCUUCCCCAGAAGUCUGAGGAUUCAUGUUUAACUUUGCCAGGAGCUUGCUAAUCUUCCACAGGAAAAUGGCUGCGGGGCCAUUCAGAAGCCUGACUUUAAUUGUGAUGCUGACUGCAUUUAAACACAAAACCUGUCCAGGCUUUGAUGAAGCCAGUGUUCCAUUUAAGCCAGGUCACCUGGCUUAAGGAAGCUGCCUUAUACCAAGUCAAACUCUUGGUCCAUCUAGCUCAGUAGUGUCUACACAGACUGGCACUGGCUUCUCCAAGGUUGCAGGCAGGGGUAUUUCCCAGCCCCGUCCCAACAUUCUCCCUGGAAAUCUGUGGCCCAAGUGUAUGUUGGCAAUGGCAUACAAACUCUGCACUUGCAGGACUUGGCCCCGGAUUUAAAUGUGAUGCCUGCAUUUCAGCCUGUACAGGCAAGAAAUUUGAGCCUAUUUGCUGUCACUUUUAUAUUGGACCUAGGAUCUUGGCCCAAGUAGGGUGCAUGAAGAGAAAAAUGGAAUCUCUGUACCCGGGCUGCAAAGCUUAGGCCCUCCAUCUGUUUUUGGACUAAAUCUCCCAUAAUCCCCAGCCAUAGUGGUCAAUAGCCAGGGGUGAUGGGAGUUGUAGGCCAACAUCUGCAGGAGAGCGAAGUUGUGCAGCUCUGCUCUAUACCAAGGGAAGACCUGCCAGGACCACCCUGUGAUCAUUUUCAAAAGUAGGCAAGUGAACAAGGGCCCCUUCAUUAAGAAGGGCAGAGGGGCUAAAUUAGCUUACUUUGGGAAAUAGCUUCCAUCGGUCAGUGUAUACGCUAACAUAGAAACCAUUGAGUAUUUGUGGGCAGUCACCUCUAGGCAUGUACCACAGCAACUUAUUUAUAUGGCAGAUGAUUAACCCUUUAAUUUUGUAGACAUAUGGUUGGGUUCACCCAUCCUGCAGCUUACCAUGAGAUUCACCCCCACAAUGGAACCAGCUUCCAAAUCUGUGCUGUCCGUCCUUACCCGCCUUUUGAUUAUCCUUAUGGGGGUUUCUUGUUGGCUUUUCUUCCCUCUCUUCCCCAUCCCAUUUCUUCUUGUUCCUACCCUGUGAUUUAUUUAUUGCACAAAUAUAAGUUAUUUUCACGUCCUUUAUGCCAUUCCGCCUUGUGGCACGGCCAGGAUGUUGGUACAGAGCCGUACUUUAUAUUUUAUAUAUGCAAAUCACAUUUUAUCUUCUAUAGAGCAAGAAAAAAAUACUUAUUUAUUUUCUGACUUACAGUAAGUGUCCUGCCAGACUCCUCUGUAUUUUGUAGACUUUACAAAUAAAGCCAGUUUUUUUUUCAA